AUGGCUUCAGACCUCUUGAGUGGUUUCCCAGCGCAAGCUCCGGCCAAGCCAUCAACCAGGCUUCGCUUCGCAGAUGUCGCGGUGACAGCAACGGCAAAGGACUUCGCAGGCUUCUACAGAGGCAAGCAAUAUCACCAACCAGACUUCGAUGCCGUUCUCGACCGCGCACUCGCCGCGGGAGUGGAGAAGGUCAUGCUGACCGGGAUGUCCCUCAGCGACGCCGAGUUCAACCUCUCAAUAGCAAAGUCGCGCCCUCAAGGCUCGUGCUUCGUCACUAUCGGCAUCCACCCAUACCACGCUGCUGAGCCGAAUGCGGAGACCGAUGGCGGUGAGGACGGACACUUCGCCAAGCUCGCGCAGCUCGUCCGCGAAGCACGACUUCCUUCAGACGGCGGGAAGACGUUGCUAGCAGCGUUCGGCGAACUCGGACUGGACUACGACCGUCUGAACCAUGCCUCGAAGGGAGCGCAGAUCCGCACCUUCAAGCGCCAACUCGAUCUCUUCGUCGCUGAGAAGCUGAAUCUGCCGCUCUUCUUGCACUGCCGAGCUGCGUUUGACGACUUUACGGAGAUCAUCAGGCCGUAUCUUCCCGACAUCCCUCGUCGGGGUCUCGUGCACUCUUUCGUGGGGAGCGCAGCGCAGAUGAAGGAGCUAGUUGAGAUGGGCUUCGACGUCAGCGUUAACGGGUUCAGCUUCAUGGACAGGGAGAGCCUGGAGAUGGUCCGCGAGAUUCCGCUUGAGAAGUUGCAGAUCGAGACCGACGCGCCGUGGGGCGAGAUACCUGCGGGAUCGGAUGUGGCCAAGCGGUAUCUCGUCAACGCGCCGGCUUUGCCGCAGAGCAAGAAGAAGGAUAAGUUCGAGCUGGGGCUUAUGGUCAAGGGCCGGAAUGAGAGUUGCACGAUGGAGAGGGUCGCGUUUGUUGUUGCGGGGCUGAAGGGGAUCACGGUGGAGGAGGUGGCCGAGGCUGCUUGGAGAAACAGCAUUAAGAUGUUUACGCUUGGAGAGAGGGAGUGA